ACCUGCUAAUGCCCGUUACUCAGAACUCAGACUCAUACACUGCAGAUACACAUUCAACCGGUGGAAUUGAGGAAACUUCAAGUUAAGGGGUUAUUUCUUCUACGCAACAUUGGGAAAUAUUGUAUUUAAGAAUUAAAUACAUACAGUAGAGUACAAUGGUUUCUUUCAGAGUUAUAUUUUUACCAGAAAACAUGUCGUGUAACUUUUAAUUUUGACUGGGUCUGACUUGGACUUACCGAAGCGUUCAUAAGUUGUUUUACAUGCUGCCUUUGACGCAGAAAGCCGAGCUGUGGUCUUGGAGACUUUUCAGAAAUUAUGAAGACCAAUUUUACGAACAUUUUUUGUUGGAUGAUAUUGCAUAAUGCGUGAAUGAUUCUCGAUUUAUUUCAAAUGAGCUACUUUAGCUUUCAGUGAGAACAAGGAGCUAAUUUGAAGAAAAACAAUUGAAACUUAUUGAAACCGUACGUCAGAGAUACACUGACUAGAAAGUGGACAUACAAUGACAAGCUGUUGGUUUGCCUUUGUGGGUUUGUGGUGGAGCGCUUAUUGCAUGUUCCUUAUUGCAGGUAGCAAUUAUUUAUUCGAUGGGAACAACGAGGUACACCCAAGUUUCAUUCACCGGCGGUUGCGGACUCACGAAAAGAGAGAGAUGCAGAAGGAGAUCCUCUCCAUCCUUGGACUUCCACACAGACCAAGACCGCAUCUGUCACAUGGAAAGUACAACUCCGCUCCGCUCUUCAUGCUGGAUCUUUACAAUACGAUAUCCAGCGAGGAGAAAAACGAAGUGGAGGGCAUGUUGGAACAGUACCAGUCCAUGUACACCACCCAAGGUCCCCCUUUGGCAACAUAUCAGGAGAAUGCCUUCCUAAAUGACGCCGACAUGGUGAUGAGCUUUGUCAAUUUGGUGGAGGACGAUAGAGAGCUGUCGCCACACAGACGGCACCACAAGGAGUUCAAGUUCAACCUGUCCCAGAUCCCAGAGGGAGAGGCUGUCACCGCCUCCGAGUUCCGCCUCUACAAGGAGUGUGUGAGCCGGACCUUCCGCAAUGAGACCCUCCUGCUCAAUGUCUACCAAGUGGUACAGGAGCACCCCAACAGGGAAGCAGACCUGUUCCUGCUGGAGUCUCGCAGGCUGUGGGCGGCCGAGGAGGGCUGGCUGGAGUUUGACAUCACGGCCACCAGUAACCUGUGGGUGAUGAGUCCCCACAACAACAUGGGCCUCCAGAUCAGAGUGGAGACCAGCAGUGGGCGGAGCAUUAGCUCCAAGGAGGCGGGACUAGUUGGGCGUGACGGAGCGCUGGAGAAGCAGCCCUUCAUGGUGGCCUUCUUCAAAGUUAGCGAGGUGCACAUCCGCACCGCCCGCUCCACCAACAAGAACCGCAACAAGAACCGCAACCGCCCCACACAGCCCCAGGAAGGAGGCUCCAGGGGCCCAAGCCCAGCAGAAUACAACAGCAGUGACCAGAAGACAGCCUGUAGGAGACAUGAGCUCUACGUCAGCUUCCGGGAGCUGGGCUGGCAGGACUGGAUCAUUGCACCUGAGGGCUACGCAGCCAACUACUGUGACGGAGAGUGCUCCUUCCCCCUCAACGCCCAUAUGAAUGCCACCAACCAUGCCAUUGUGCAGACACUGGUCCACCUCAUGAACCCGGAGAACGUGCCCAAGCCCUGCUGCGCCCCCACCAAGCUGCACGCCAUCUCCGUGCUCUACUUCGACGACAACUCCAAUGUCAUCCUGAAGAAGUACAAGAACAUGGUGGUGAGGGCCUGUGGCUGCCACUGACGACCGCCAAACUGCCGCGUCAUCAUGGUCACCCGCCCAUGGGCUGCAGCGGAGACUGUGUGAACACGACAUCAUGGGUCUGCGUGUUUGUGAGUGUGUGUUGUGUACUACCCUCUCCUCUCCCAUACUCAGGGCGAGGAAGGAACUGAUAAAUGGACCAGACCAAUGUGCUGCUCCCCCCCCCCCCUCCUUUCAAAACUAAGUGGUGUUCAAGUUCUCAGACGGCUAAUGGCCCAUUACAGCGAAACAACUCGACGGCGUCGGGGAAUUGACUCAAUGUUAUCUCAAUACUGACAGCCAACCUGUUACAUGACGUCAGGUGUAGUCAAAUGACACAAAACAUGUAGAAAUCCUUUUAUAGGACCGCAGGGGAAAAGCAUUAGCCUAACUACACCAAUUUUAAUAGAGAUGUAUGUAUAUUGUCUGACUAACCAAAGCCUGAU